AUGUCAGGCUCACCUCAGACAAAUGAAGUGAUGGAGGAACAGGUCCCGUUGCAAAGGGUUCCUGUAUCAGGCGACGCACAAAAUAACGAUACCCGUCAUCACGUGAUCAGCAUGCCUGCAUGCUGCCCUGCAUCCUGCCCUGCAUCUUGCCCUGCAUGCUGCCCUGCGUCCUGUUUUGAAGACAAACAUCAUAGGAAACUGGCCAUCUGCAGCAUCAUCUGCGGUUGCUCCUGCAUCGGAAUCAAAGCUUUGAUAAACUCAGUAAAGGCUAAGGGGGCGACAGAUCAAGAAUCAGCUGAGAAGUUUUCACAACAGGCGAAAAAGUUUGGCAUCAUCUCCAUCGUGGUGUGGAUCUCCAUUCUGGUCUCAGCGCCCUUGUUACUGAUGCUGAUCUCGUACCUCCUCACUCUGAAAGACUGAGCCUGACUUUAAAAGAAAAACACAAAACAGAAA